UGUUUGGUUAUUGUCUCCUUUUAAAACCCAAAUGUGCUUCUCUCUCCUCUCUCUGUGACUGUGAAAAAGUUCCAGCGAGGGGUGGUUAAGUGGAAUUCUUCGAAGAGAAUCCAACGUAUACGUAUGUCUCUGGGUUACGCGGAGAAGCUCUCUUACAGAGAGGAUGUGGGCACCGUUGGAAUGUCCGAGAUUUUCGACCCACCCGACGCUUUGCAGCAAAAAAUUGAGCAGCUUGCAAUGAUGAUACAUAAGAGUAAGCAUCUAGUAGUAUUUACAGGUGCAGGAAUAUCAACUUCCUGUGGGAUACCUGAUUUCCGAGGUCCCAAAGGCAUAUGGACACUUCAGCGUGAAGGCAAAGGUGUGCCAGAAGCUUCCUUACCUUUUGAUCGUGCAAUGCCUAGUAUUACACAUGUGGCUUUGGUUGAACUUGAGAAAGCUGGUAUCUUGAAAUUCGUUAUUAGCCAGAAUGUGGACAGCCUCCAUCUGCGAUCUGGAAUACCAAGAGAGAAACUAGCAGAAUUGCAUGGGAAUUCGUUCAUGGAAAUUUGCCCCAAAUGUAGAGCAGAGUAUUUGCGAGAUUUUGAGGUGGAGACAAUUGGGUUGAAGGAGACAUCCCGGCGCUGUUCUGAUGUGAAUUGUGGGGCGAAACUGAAGGAUACGGUUCUCGAUUGGGAGGAUGCGUUGCCCCCAAAAGAAAUGAAUGCAGCUGAGAGACAUUGUCGAAUGGCUGAUAUAGUGUUGUGCUUGGGAACAAGUUUGCAGAUCACUCCAGCUUGCAACCUCCCUUUAAAAUGUCUCCGCCUGGGGGGAAAGAUUGUCAUUGUCAACCUUCAGCAAACUCCAAAAGACAAUAAAGCAAGUUUGGUGAUUCGUGGGCUCGUUGACAAGGUAAUUGCAGGGGUGAUGCACUAUCUUAAUUUGCGAAUUCCUCCGCAUGUUCGGGUGGAUCUCUUUGAAAUAAUUUUUACUCAAUUUCACCGCACUUCAGAGAAAAAGUAUGCCAAAUGGACCCUUAAAGUGGGUAGUGUACAUGGGGAAAGAGCUCAAGUGCCAUUCAUUAAAUCAAUAGAGGUCUCUUUCCCAGGGAGGCCAAAAUUGAAAGAAGCUGUGUUACAUCAGCAACCAUUUGUGCUGAAAAGGGAAUCACUUAAAACUAGCCCAUUGAAAGUAUUCUUGAAGCUUAAUUUCAGUGAUGGUUGUGGGUGUCAGUGCACCAACAUUGAGGUCCCAAUUAACUUCCGAGCAUCAUUGGACAAUUUUAACCAAGACAAGAAUACUGUGACUCGGAAACUCAGGGACACAGCAAUUCAAGAUCAACGCUGUGGGCAGUUUUUGGUAGUUGAGAAAAGAAUUCAAUCCAAUCCGAAAAGGGAAAUGACCAUAUAUGCUGUAGCUACAAACAUGGUCUGUUACGAUGGUUCCCUGUCAAGCUCUCAUUUCUCUGAAGCCCGUCCUGAAAGCAAAUACAACUUGUUGAAAAUGCAAGAUGAUAUGAUUGCCACUGAAGUGCCUGUGAAGAAACAGAAAAUCCAUUAACUUCAUUUUUGCUCUUUCUGGAUGCUGAUUUUUGUGACCACUAUCACUUGUCAGGAUUUAGGGAUGACUUACCAUGUUGAUGAUAUAGAUAUAGAUAUAGAUAUAGAUAUAGAUAUAGAUAUAGAUAUAGAAAGUGGAUGCUAACAGUUCGGGUUCUCAACCGCCACAAAUAUGAAGGGGGAGGGAAGAUGCAUGUCACUUCUCCUUUCUUGUAAAUUUGUGUAUAGUUUUGGUUAACACUAUUCAUGAAAAAAAUGGUUUUUCAAGAUGAAGGCCUAAGAGCUUUUGGAUA